AUGGUUGGAGCCAAAAACUAUCCCUCUGAUAUCAUUUUCUUGGUCCGUGUUUUGGGAGUUCCGUUACAGUUCUGGACGGCUCCGUUGUUUGAGAGUAUAGGGAAUGAUCUGGGUGAAGUUAUGGAGGUCGAUUUGGAUACUGGUAGGAUAAGGGUGAGGAUUGACGGAUUUCAGAACUUAUGUUUUGAAACUACGGUGGAUCUCCGAGGUGGGGAGUUCUACGAAGGUGAAGAACUAACUGUAUCACUAAGAUAUGAGAAGCUCUUUGGGUAUUGCAGAACCUGCUUCAGCCUGUGCCACGACAUUCACAAGUGUCCAUUGGGUAAAGGAAGUGUAGAAGAAAAGAGUGAGAACCGAGAGACCCAUACAGGACGACUUGAGGAACGUAGCUCCAGCUACAAAGGCGUGGUGAUUCAUGGGAGUGUGGACACCAAAGAGAAGGAGAUGGAGAGAAGAGGGUAUCAUGGAAAGGGGAAAGAAAAGAUGUACGAGGAGCCGGAUUCAAAAUGGGUUAAGGUGGGAGACAGAGAUAACAGGAGAUCAUCUGAUGGUCGUGGCAAACACAGAGGAUCAGAGGGGGGGGGUCAAGCAAAUUUGCAGGAAACAAACUCAGAGGCAAGGUCUACAGGUUCUGAAGAAGGUGAGCUCCAGAUGUCACACCAUGAGCCUAUCAAUGAGCUUCCUUUGGAGAUAGGGGAAUCUACGGAGGCAACUAAAGAGGGUAAGGAAAUUGAAAAGAUAGAGAACGAUUUAGAUUUGAUGAACGAGGUCCUAGGAGAGGAGGAUGGUUUACUAGGAGAGAAUGAUUUACUAGAUGAGAAUGAGAUGGACAUUGACGAGCAGGAAGCUCGAGCCUUUUGGGAUGAUAUUACUGAAGACGUUGCAAACGCUGAGGCUGAAAAUGAAGACGUUGGGGAAGAUUUCCAAGAGCUAACUGAUGAAGAGUUGGAGAAGGAGGCAGAAGACAAGGAAGAUGCAGGGGAACAGGUUGCUGUGGAUGAGUCUGAGACACAGAUUGGACGUAAGGAGGAGGGGAAAAAUGAUGGGAAGAGGAAGAAGGAGAAGAAACCGGGGGCAAAGAAGCAGUUAUUCAAACAGGGAAUUGCAGCAGGUGGUACCAAGAAAAGACUGGUUCAGUCGCUCCUGUCUCCCCGCAAGAGAGGUGUGGCCAAGACUGCGUCCCGUCAAGGUGGAGAGGAAGUGAAGCAGGUGGAGGAGAGGGGCCCUUCAAACCCCAAUCCAAGCAAUACCAAACCUUAA